GAAGUUUUCAAAUUAAAAGUUCCUCAUAACUUAUAAGUUCGAGAGCAUUAAUAUGGCAAUGUUGACGCCUUGGCUGGAAUAAACUUUCCUUAUUUCGAGACCUCCCAACAAGGUAAAAUCCGCAUGGAAAUGUCGACAAGCAGCAUAAUUUCCCUGCCACCCUUUCUGGAAAUGACCUCGCGCUCCAUCCCACUUCUGAGAAAGAAAACCUCGGGAAAACGCGCGGAACACGCGGACAAUGCACAUUUGAGCACCCUCGGCAAUGUGAAAAGACCGGGAAAUGCGGAAAGUGGUUUAACUGUCACUCGACUACUGAAAUUGUCUGAAACAUCUUUUCCGUUGAGAGAGAACGAAGCCGUUAAUUUGAAAAUUAUGUUGCAUGCUGCCGAGCAGAUGAGUUCAAUUCCCAGAGUGAAAAAGGGCCAACCACGAGGGUACCCACCUCCUUCGAACGCCAUGUUGUUCGAUGACGAUCCAGGUAUCAUGUCGGAAGUUGAGACCAGCUCCACAGGUUUUCGAAGAGGUGGCAAGCAGAGGAGUUCGCUGCCUGUCGUCAGAACUCCCAGCAAAACUCUAGAACGACCACUAGGUAAGAAAAUAACUUUGAGGUUCAUUUCACAUUACGAUUCGCCUAUAAGGUACCUAACUAUCAAAAGAUGUAACAAAUCAAUGUCGCUGCCCAUGCUCUUUUGA